CUGCUGCCCAACAGCUCCCGACAUGCCUUUCGGCGUGACCCCCUGGCGACAGUAGCCUGAUGAAUGAACUGAUCUGAGACUCAACACCGAGUUGUUUUUAUCCAACGCGAGCAGCUCAACACAGGUUUUAACAUCACGCACAGCCAUGAGGAAUCUUUGGACAAAGGCCGGUGUUUUCGGUUCAGUGUCCGUAGCUUUUGGAUCGAUGCUGUGGUCCCAGAAAAGCACAGACUCCGACCCGGUUGCCUCCAGUUGCACCGCUACUGACCCAAAUCCCAGUUCUCCCUACGAUCUAAAACUUGUCCAAGUCCUGUUCCGACAUGGUGCUCGAACCCCGUUAAAGUCUAUACCUGAUGUGAUGGAGGUCCAGUGGGUGCCGACGCUCCUGGAGCCUCCAGCUCACACCCACAUCAACUACGUGGUGACGGACCUUCACGGUGGCCCCAGGCCCUCGGCUCCUGUAGAAGACAGCUAUAGGAGAAACAUACUGACUGGUGGCACGUUCCCCGGACAGCUGACCACGGUGGGCAUGCAGCAGCUGUACGAGCUCGGCACGAGGCUGAGGAGGAAGUACAUUGAGGAGACUCCCUUCCUCGGCUCCACUUUUAGUCCGGCUGAGGUCUAUGUGCGCUCCACUAACAUUGUGAGGACCAUUGAAUCUGCCAAGUGCCUGGUUGCAGGGCUCUUUCAGCAAAAACAAAAAGAAAUUGUCAAUAUAUUCACAACGGGGGCCGAAUCUGAAAUCCUGUACCCGAACUAUCACGGCUGCAAACUGCUCAAACUCCUCGGCAGCCACCGCUGGGCAGAGUCGUCCACUCUGCCAGACAUCGCAGUAGACCUGCAGAGCAUCCAGAGCGCGCUGGGCAUCGCCGCUCACCAGCACGUCGACUUCAUCCUCAUUAGGGACGACAUGGUUGCCAGAGAGACACACGGCCUCCCCUGUCCGCCGGUGCUGGACACCUGGAGGGACAAAGUGGAGCAGAGAGCUGUGGAUAUGAUCUGCCAUGUCUAUGAACCCAGCAAAAGGGAGAACCUGCAGCUGUGCGUGGGACCUCUCCUGCACACAUUGUUAACCAACCUGGACGAGAAAGUGCAGGGCACCUCAUCGGAGCCAAACAGGAAGCUGUUUUUGUACUCUGCACAUGACACCACGUUGAUCCCCUGCCUGAUGGCUCUGGGGGUUUUUGACAUGAAAUGGCCACCGUACGCGGCUGACAUCACCCUGGAGAUGCACCAGCACCGACAGACCAACGAGGCCUUUGUCAAAGUGUCAUACAUAGACCAGGAUCUACUUAUUCCAGGUUGCAGUGGAGUCUACUGCCCCCUGCAGGAGUUUAAGGAGGCCCUCUCAGCGUUCUCAAUGAGCUCAGAACACUACCAGUCACUUUGUAACAGCACAGGAGGCUCAACCGAGCCCUGAGCCCACGACACGCCGUUGCGUCUGGACACAGCUCCUCAUGACAGUUAACCCCGACGCACGCAUCAUGUAGUUUUUCUUUUCACGUCCUCCGUUUACAUGCCAUUAUCAUUAUACCUCACUGUCAGACGACACUGUAGAAAGUCCUGCGUUACAGCCUCGUUCCAGCCUAUUACAAUGAUCUGAUAUCACGUGCUUAGCACAUCAGUGUGUGUUGGCUUUGUGUUAAAGGGUGGUGUCAUUACUUGUGCUCCUUAUUGUCAACACAUCCCAAAGGACUACAAUGAAACCAGGGUUGUCUAAAAUGAUCAAAGUAAGGAUUCCCCUCCAGACAGGAUAGAAACAACUCUGUGCUGGAUGACACCUUUUCCUAAGUUAUCUUGUUCUCACUUAACCCUUUGAGGGAGAAGCUGUUUCUGACAGGAAUAGCUCCUGUAGACAGCAUUAAGUCGAACAAACUAUGCAGGGACAGAUGCGCCGAUGGAAUAACACUGCCCCAUUAUUUUAUGUUUACAUUUGGCAAAUUCAAAAUGGCUCCUCUCUGCAAAAAUUGAAAGUGCUAUUAAAACAGAUCAACCAUGGCUUUUUAAGUUAUUUCUUAAAAUGACUAGUCUUAGUGAAUGGUUCUCGGACAGGGGGAGUAAUGUGUGCUUAGGUGGGUUGUAUAAAGGAACACAUCCUCCCAAAUGGUUAUCGGACAACGAUGAAGGUGUUUGGCACGCAGGAGUAAACUGUAUCAACACAUUAUUGUUCAGAGGAUCAACAGCAACUGAAGCUUUUUGGGGGAUUUGUUGACUGUUGAAAAAUGCUGAAUAUAAUCUGCCUUUGCUUCAAAGUUUAAACCUUUACCGCACUAUAAUCUUAACAGCAAUAAUCUGUAAGGUUGAAUCAAGCGGCAUCAUUAUAUAAGAUUGUUAAUGCCGUCAUUGUGUUCAUUUUAUUCUUUCAUAUCCAGUCUUGGGGUAGUUCCAAAUAUUUCAUGUACUGUAUCUGAAGUGGAUUGUACAUUUGUGGAGAUGGACUUCUCCAUAACCGAGUAAAACCUGCAGAAAGGGAAUUAUUCUGUAUGUUGAAGACUAAGUUGCCUUUUUGUGGGGAUUUGCUGGUAGUAACGGACACAGUAUAAUGUAUAAACACAUGCCCAUUACAUAUGUUUCUGUGUUACAAUAACAUGUAUAAUACCUCAUCAGUGGAAGUUUCCAAUGACCAGCAGCAUAACAUGAGGAGUUUGAUUUGUUAAAAAUAAAUAAAGAAUUUAAUCAA